UUUAAUUUCAGAAUGACAAGUAAAUAAAAAUAGACUCAAAUAAUUUUGCCGCUGUGUAUUAUUAAUAACAUAAAAAAUUAAGUAAAACCAAUAGAAAAUGCUUCCAUUAUCAUUGCUAAGGACAGCCCAAAACCACCCCAUGUUAGUGGAAUUGAAAAAUGGCGAAACCUACAACGGACACUUAGUGAGUUGCGAUAAUUGGAUGAAUAUAAAUUUACGAGAAGUUAUUUGCACUUCUCGAGACGGCGACAAGUUCUGGCGGAUGCCCGAGUGUUAUAUCCGUGGCAGUACGAUCAAAUAUCUUCGAAUACCUGACGAAGUUAUAGACAUGGUCAAGGAGGAUACCCAAGCCAAAACCAGAGGUCGUGGUGACAUGAACAAAGGCCGAGGAGGUCAAAACAUGAGGUCUGGUAGAGGAGGCAGUCGUGGUGCGUUUGGAAAUCGCGGUCGUCCGGCGCCAUUGUCUCGAGGUGGCGGGAACGCGGGACGACCACAAAAUAAAAAUAAAAAAUAGUUUUUUUUUUUCAUUUAAAUUCUUUUUAAGUAAAUUAUAAGUAUUGCUAAGUA